CUCCUUCGGGUGAGCUCCGCCCGGUCCUGGGGGGUGGGCGCUGCCAUGGCGCACAUCACUAUAAACCAGUACCUGCAGCAGGUCUAUGAAGCAAUCGACACCAGAGACGGGGCAUCCUGUGCGGAGCUGGUGUCUUUCAAGCAUCCUCAUGUUGCCAACCCACGGCUUCAGUUGGCCUCUCCAGAAGAGAAGUGUCAACAAGUUUUGGAACCCCCUUAUGAUGAAAUGUUUGCAGCUCAUUUAAGGUGCACUUACUCAGUGGGGAACCAUGACUUCAUAGAGGCAUACAAAUGCCAGACUGUCAUCGUCCAAUCAUUCCUACGGGCAUUUCAGGCCCACAAAGAAGAAAACUGGGCUCUGCCUGUUAUGUAUGCAGUAGCACUUGAUCUUCGAAUAUUUGCCAAUAAUGCAGAUCAGCAGUUGGUAAAGAAAGGAAAAAGCAAAGUUGGGGACAUGUUGGAAAAAGCAGCUGAAUUGUUGAUGAGCUGUUUCCGCGUCUGUGCCAGUGACACUCGCGCUGGUAUAGAGGAUUCUAAGAAGUGGGGGAUGCUGUUUCUGGUGAAUCAGUUAUUCAAGAUUUACUUUAAGAUCAACAAACUCCAUUUGUGUAAACCCCUAAUCAGAGCCAUUGACAGCUCAAACCUGAAAGAUGAUUACAGCACUGCACAGAGGGUGACAUACAGGUACUAUGUUGGACGAAAGGCCAUGUUCGAUAGUGACUUUAAGCAAGCCGAGGAGUACUUGUCCUUUGCCUUUGAGCACUGUCACCGUUUAAGUCAGAAGAACAAAAGGAUGAUUCUGAUAUAUUUACUCCCAGUAAAAAUGCUCUUGGGUCAUAUGCCAACCAUUGAGCUUUUGAAAAAGUACCAUCUCAUGCAGUUUGCUGAAGUAACCAAAGCUGUAAGUGAAGGCAAUCUCCUUCUAUUGAACGAGGCUCUGACGAAGCACGAGACCUUUUUUAUUCGCUGUGGUAUCUUCCUUAUCCUUGAAAAGCUGAAGAUCAUCACCUACAGGAAUCUUUUUAAGAAAGUGUACUUGUUACUCAAAACACACCAGUUGUCUCUGGAUGCUUUUCUAGUUGCGUUGAAAUUCAUGCAGGUGGAAGAUGUGGACAUUGAUGAAGUCCAGUGUAUUCUGGCCAACCUGAUAUACAUGGGUCACAUUAAAGGCUAUAUAUCACAUCAGCAUCAGAAGCUAGUUGUCAGCAAGCAGAACCCAUUCCCUCCGCUGUCUACAGUGUGUUGAAUGUAUAAACAGUCCUGAGAAGAAGUGUGUUUCUCUAGUUUUUUAUUGUGCUGAUGAAAUCAUUCCUGUGCCAAGAUUUUAUUCUCUGCAGCUGGAAUCUGUCUGGGGCUCUUUACCCAGGGAUGCUGAAACUGAACUUGCCAUCACACACGGACACCUUGAAAUCUCCGUCAUCGCUCAUAACUAAUGUCAACCUCACGGAGACCUGGAAUUCCUUUUUCAGACAUUGCAGACCCCUCCUUUGGCUCUGGCGUGUUGGUGAAACUUCUGUGAAGGAGGCUCUGUCUCAGGCAGCUAUAGUUUACUUCUCCAUAAGUGUUGUUCAUAAAUGCAUCUUUGUAACUUUUUAUAUAAGUCUUUCUAUAAAAAAGGCAUCCUGAAUUUAUACAAAUGGCAUAUUCUUUAUUAUGUCUUCUGUGAUACCAAAUUUUGUUAAGACUUUAAAAUUCGCUUUGGUCCCCCACUGCCCUCACCAUUAGUCUGCAUUAGAUUAAGCUAUAUUUACUUGGGCCUGGUCCCAACAGGAUCUCAAAUAAUUAAACUUCAAAUAAAAGAAGACUUUCAGAGAAAUGGGCCAAUGCAUCUACAGAUUGCCCCCCCCCCCAAAAGUUAAAUUCUUGGGUUAAAGUAUAAUAUCAGAAAUGAAAGAGAUACUUAGUGUAUUUUAGAACUGUUAGACUUAAAAAUCUGAAUUGUGUUUAAACUCCCUGUAGUUCACUCAAGAGUGUCCAAAUCAACUCACAUUUAUAAUCCCUUAAAAUUAUCUCUACUCUUCAACAAUAAGAAGGCACUGGCAGACCACAGUCCCCCUAGUAAUGCUCCUGGAGUUAGCGCUGCCCUCUUUCCACCACGUCUGCGGGUCUACAGAGCAGUUAGCUUAAAGCUGCUCUUAUUUCUCUCAGGGAAACGGGGGGACUGGAAAUAAUAUGCACUUAGUUGAGGAGCAGUUUUGCCAGUUCCUUAACUUAAGCACUAAGAGAUUAACCUAAAAGUAAACAUUUCCAUCCAUUUGCUCUCACUUUUUAUCCUGGCACAAACUCAGACCCCAGUGUGGAAUGGAGUUCUGCUCUGCAGGGAAGCACAGUUUGGGGCCGGACUUGAGUUCUGUCAUUCUGUGUUGAGGCUGCAGUCUUCAUCAUGAUAAUAGAUAAUCACUGUGAUUCAACACGCUUCCAGCUUUCAACUCAGCUCUGUUUGGUGGAUGCUAUUAUUACAGCAUUUAGAUCCCAGGAAUGUGGCACAAAGGUGUUAACAGAACCAGCGAGCUGGUUGAGUAGCGGAGUUGAGGGACUCGGUGCUGGCUCUGAUCCAGCAGCUCCCUGGAACCUGCCUGGGAGUUUUCCCUCCAUGGGAAGUGCCUCUCUGAGCACAUAGCCCUGUUUAAAUGCAUCACAUUUUCUGUCUUCUUUCAACCUCUUGUGCUUCCUGAUUCUUUCUUUAAAACUGUAUGGUAUUCCUCUCGGUUUUAUUUUUUUCUUUGGUGCUACCUCUUCUGUUAUAGUUGCUUCUUCUAACACCAAGCAACCCUUUCAUGCACACUGGCAAUCAGCGAACCUGGCACAACUGUGAGGUCACUCUUUGUCUAUAACUAGCAAUUCUUAGAAGCUUCCAUCCCAAAGACAUACACUUACUUAUUGUAUGUUUGUUGAUAGACUAACCCACGUUCAUUGACUCGAUAGCAUCAGAAAGCAUUAGAGUUGGAAAAGGAGAGAGUUUUUAAGAAACUGAGUUAUUAUGAUCAACA